UUGUUGAUGUUUCACUGAAAUUCAGAAUUUCCAAGUAAACACAACACUUCGUAAAUGGUUGACGUAUUUUUCAAACCUACAAUUCACGCAUCGAAAAUGGAACCAUUCCCCAAUUUGAGAUGCAGUUGGACCCACGUGAAUAUUAUUUUAGGGUCAGAUUUGUCUCAUAUUUUAUUACCACACGUGAAAUAUAAACGAAUUAAGGAUAAGUAUUAAAUAAAUGAAAAUAGAAAAUUAAGUGAGAAAUGGAAACUUUAACUUUUGCUAAAGAUUUAUCAUCCCCGCAAGAAAUCGGUGUUUUAUACUCGGUCCAAAAACGAAUCCUAGAUCUUUUGAAGAUCACUUAUCACAAUUUUAGUCAAGAUAGACUAAAUUCGACAAAUUCCGGUUACGGACGUCUUGGAAAUGAUGGAAUUGACGUUGAGCUAUUACUUUCAUCAUUUACAUUCUGGAUGAACGGAUUCUUGUCGCUAUUCACAAUCGUGACACUUUUAAGCCUAGUCUUUUACGCGAUUACACAUUGGACGAGAACGGCCAGACUGCUCAAUAAAUUUCCAGGACCGAGACAGUUACCAUUUUUGGGAAAUUUUACCAUGAUUUUGGGACCUUAUGAAGAUUUGCAAGGAAAAAUUAGCAAAGCAAUAUCGGAAUACGGUCUUGGAACGGGGUCCAUGCGUUUGUGGUUUGGAUAUAAACCCGUCCUAGUUGUGGCCAAUGGCAAAAUUGCGGAGAAAGUCUUGACCGGAUAUGCAAAUGUGGAGAAGGGCGACAAUUAUGGAGCAUUUCAUCGCGUCCUUAAUCAAAGUUUAGUAACUGCUCCAGGUCCGAAAUGGCGAAAAGACCGUAGAUCUCUCAAUCCCGCCGUGGGUUUCCAGUAUUUGGACGGAUUCAUGAAAAUAUUUAACGAACAAGCAAAAAUUCUGGCAGAAAUUAUGUCCGAAACUUUUAAUCAAGACGACGAACCAGACAAGUUUAUCAAUCUUCUCCCGUACUUUAAUAGAGCAACGAUGGACUCUGUUUUCCAAACCGUGCUUGGAUCAAAACAGGAAGCUCAGAGAAAUCCACAGUUAGAAUUUGUCGAAAAAAUGAAAGGAAUUGUAAAAGUCACCCGGUUGAAGUUGCUUCGUCCGUAUCUCGACUUCCCCGUAAUUUGGCGUCUUUUCGGAUACGGAGAUGAAGAAGAGAAAUGCAUCAAUGCGCUCAUGAAUUAUUCAAAAGUCUUAAUCGACGCCAAAUUCAAGGAGCGCGAAGAAACCGGGGCCGUCACGGGGACCGCGACGCGACCAUUUCUCGCUUAUCUCAUGGAUGGCACGGAUGAUCGGGAGGAUAUCGCGUAUCACAUUAAUGCCCUAAUGUUCGCGGGAGCCGAAACUACCGCGAGUGGGAUGAACUACUUACUAUUUUUGCUCGCACUCAACCCUUCCGUUCAGAACAGGCUUAUCGAAGAGGUUGACGUCGUAUUUACCUCCCGACUCGAAGAUGACCAAGAUGUCACCGUAACGCAGGCGGAUCUCACGGAUUUGAAAUAUACCGAGUGCUGCAUUAAAGAAGCGCUCCGAUUAUACCCUCCAGUUGCGGGAUGGUUCCGCCGAAUUACGAAAGAUGUUGUCUUAGACGAUGGUAAAAUAAUCCCACGUGACGCGCAAGUAGCCAUUCUUCCCUAUGAGAUCCAUCGCAACACGGAAAUAUUCCCGGAUCCCGAACGUUUCGACCCGGAUCGGUUUAGUCCAGAAAAUCGGGACAAAAUCCCUACCGGGUGGUGGAUCCCGUUUUCACAUGGACCACGAAAUUGCAUCGGCCACCGUUACGCCAUAAUGCAAAUGAAGACCAUGAUGGUCAAAAUAUUUACCCGGUUUACCGCCCAUACUAAAAAUACCCGUGAAGAGCUAAAAAUGGUUUACGGACUCGUGUUAGAACCAACGCCCGAGAUCAAAAUCACACUUAAAAAACGGACAUAGUUUUUAUACGUAGUGUUAAUUAUUUUAAAAAAAUAUCGUUAAUUUAACUGUUAAUAAAUAUUUAUAAUAAAUCCUAUUUUAUUGAAUGUAUCACUA